CCCAUCCUUCUCAGAGGAAAGUUCCUUAUUCGUAAACGAAAACGGUGUUUACAACCGAACUCGUUAGAAAUUAAACGUGAGCAGCAUAGCGGCUUAUAGCUUUGUGUAAGAAAGAAAGAAAGAAAGAACGAAGAAAAGAGAGAAAGAAAGAAACACAAGGAAGACUGGCAAAUGAUACAGAGUGUUUGACUUCACUGGACCUGAUCUGACUGAAGUAUUGACAUUUAAACAAAAUGCGAUCCACUGUGGACGGCCCCCCUGGACUAGUAGUGACGACCGUCAGCAGCAACAACAAUAACAACAACAACAACACUAACCAGAUGAGCAACAGAGAAAACAAUGGGAAUUCAGGCUCGCAGUAUGCUCUGUGUGCUUUGGGAGUCGGCCUGAUCGCCCUCGGAGUAGUGAUGAUUGUGUGGAGCGUGGUGCCCGCGAACACAGGUUUUAAUAACAGCAGCAGCGGUUCAGGGGGGAAUGAUGGAAUCGAUGGCAAGAGAAAUAAAGCGUCCUCUGUGGCCUUUGUGCUGGCUGGCUCCGGGGUGGCUAUGCUGCUGCUGUCUCUGUGUCUGGGAAUGAGGAACAAACAGCGGGAGCAGCAGAGACGCCAGGAGGUCCAAAACCAGAGAGAAGCGGCGAGAGAGCAGGAGGAGAGAGAAACGGCUGAGGAGCGGGCCCAGCGCUAUGCGGUACCGAGCUACGAGGAGGCGGUAGGCAGCGGGCAGUACCCUGUCCGUCAGAGCAACCUUCGUCCAAGCGUCUCCCAGCUGCCGUCCUACGACGACCUCGUCCAGGUCGACGGUAUCCAGUAUGAAAACGAGGUUGCCGACAUCAACUCCACUAUUCCACAACCUGCCCCGGCUUGUAGCUCUCCCACCGCUACUAUUUCUACAUCAAGCCACAGACCUGGGAAAAACAACCGCAAUUUCCUCCCCAUCAAAAUCCGAAGGAUUAAGUCGGAAAAGCUUCCCAUGAAAAACACGGGAAGCUCUCAGCCGGCAGCUGGAAUGAGUAUCGAACCUCUUACCCCUCCGCCACAAUAUGAAGAUAAGGUGCCUCCACUUUAAGGUCAGCCUGCUGUUUAAAGCUAUUGACUGAAGUUCCUAGUAUCUUCCAUGGCCAACCUUUGUGGAUAUGGAUGUGCUUUGUUCAGCCAACCACUGAAGGAGGCUUCUUGCUUUGAGCUGAAGAAUGUUAUAUUUUCACAUUUGUCAUCAUGGCCCUUGACUGUAAAGUGUUGUUUUUUUAUGGACCUUACUGGAUCACUCUGUUAAGUGACAAAGUUUUGUCAAACUGUGGCAUAUCAGUUUUCAGCUUUAGAAACCACCUUCACUUUGUACUGAUUUUACAGGUGAAUCGAUGGUAGUAUAGUGGAGCUCAUGAGAUGUUGGAGAGAGGCUGCUUUUAGAAUUUUUCUAUUUAAAAAAAAAAUGGAUCCAUGCACUUAUUUUGAGAGGUCAUUUAUGCCACGUUUAAAGACCCUUUUAUUGCUCUCAGUACUAAACCAAACAUGGACCCUAACAUUCCUAAAACUCUGCUACCUGGAAGUCUUUGAAGAUGUCAACAAAAGUAGUAAGGCAUACCUUUGGAGUUUUUUCUAAAAGGGAAAAAAAAAAAACAUUCUGACGACCAUAAGUAUUUGAUUCUUGAUAAGAUUCCAGAUUUGACAUUCCCUGGAACUCUGGCGGAGAUUGUACCAGUUUAUAACUUGGACUUUCUCUUGAUAGAAAUUAAUUUGCUCACUUUGGAACUACCACUCGUUUAAGAGUCUGUACAGGGUCUUAGCACCUUGGUUAAAGAUGUGUAAAAAGCUAUAAAUUUUUAUUAUCUUUUACUGUGGUAAUAUAAUCUCACAAUAAAUUCAAGUUGCUCUAGUUCUCUAACAGUGAUCCUUAGGAACUUCUUUUAACUUUAUUACCAUUCUCCUCACUUUGCUUGGUGGCAAGACAAACUUGGGUUUAUGACAAGACCAACUUGUCACAAUUCCAAUUAUCUACACUGUCUUUAUAAUUGCUUGGACUGUAAUCAUGAGCAAGUUUAGGAGAGGCAGCAGUUUCUUAGUUUAUGCAGACCAAUGUACAUCUGUUCUACUUGAAAGGAAAGUUUUUUGGUCUUCCCCUUCGUUGAAUAAUGGAUAAGAAAACUAGACCUGUGUGUCAAACAUUACCAAUUGAUCAAUCCUAGAAAGUGAAGAACUGAGACAAGUAAUUAGGUAUUAAAUGUGCUUCUGCUACAUUUAUGAUAGAAUAUUUUGGGGAUUUCGAAACAAUUAAUUACAGAUUGAAUCACUAUACUGGAAAUAUUGAGUGGAUUUAUUUUUUCACUCUGAUAAAACAAUUGUGAUCAAAGCAAAGCUUUAUAUACAUUUAUACCAGUGGUGCUUGACUCUCUGGACUCAUAUGUUUACAUGUGUAAUAACUAGAUAAGGCAGAAAAACAAUAGAUGUUGGAUACUUUGGUGCAAUCCAAGUUUCAUUCACAAGUAAAGUGAGUCUUUUAGAAAAGCAGAAGUUGCGAGGGAUCAUUGAUGUUUGAAACCUAUUUGUACUCUCAGCGUGUGUUGUAGGUGGUAAAGUUGUGUUUGGUAACUAGUUAACAGACGUCAUUUAAAGGAGGACAUUAGUUUUCCGGGUAACUCAUAUUUUUACAAAUAUGUUAAGAUCUGACUUUGAAUGCAUCAAUGAAUACCCUCCAGCUGUACACACCAAAAGCAUCUUUACUCCAAGAAUGAACUUUCAAGCCUUUUCUAAAUAAAUUGUGUGACUCCAUUGUUGUUGUUCUGGUCUUGCACACAACGUGGUACUGAGAGAUGUAUAGGCGGGAAGAUGUUUGCAGGAACUUGGUGAAUAGUGGAAAGCCUGCACUCAGUGGCCAUGGCGAGAUGUGAAAGCAUGCAGUAUAGUCUCUCCUUCUCAGGGCUUGUUUUUUUUUUUUUUUUUUUUUUUUUUUUUUUCGACUGGCAAACAGAAAGACUCUUUGAGUGUGCAGCUGCAACACUAUAACAGCAGCUGCUCACUGGCUUGCUGAUCAUCAUUCCUUCAACCACAACUUGACCAGCAGGACUGUUUUCAUUCUGAAAGUAUGCAGGGAAAGAGAUUCAAAUAAAAAUAGAUGGCUCUAGGCUUUUCUUUUCUUUUUCAGGGAUAUAACUUGUGUUACAGCAGUAUGCCGACCUGGCUGUACACUCUCCUUCUUCAUUUUUUUAUUUUUUAUUUUAGAAAUGAACAGCAGAUGCCAAAGUGACUCUGGAGUUAAAGUCAAUGUUACUCAUUUUGUGAAAUUGCACACUUGCUUUUUCUCUUUUUGUUUUGCAGAAGAAAAAGCCCUUUACACUAGUGUUUCACAGUUGUUGUUUUUGAAGGCUGAAACUGUUUUCAAUAAUUGGACCUCAGCAAUGUACUUUUCUUGUUGUAAAAAAAAUCUGUUUAGCAAAAAGAUUAAUUUUAUACACAAUUUGUGAAAUUGUUUUAUAUCAAAUGUAAGUAUUUGGUUGUAGGAGUCACUUUCUUUUUUUGUACAAUAAUGAGUGUGUUGUCAUUGUCAUUUAAUGUUGUCUUUUUAUGACUACAGUUUAUAUAUUUUAUAUGUACAGUGAAAAAAAAAUGUUUGUGUUUAUACAAAUGUAUUUUUUUUCCCCAGAAGUUUGAAAAGUCAUUUAUCUCAUGAAUAUUUAUGGUAAAUAAAGAGGAAGCAUUUGUU